AAAAAAUAAAAGGUGUGCAGGAUUAUAAAUUUUCACUGCAACGUUGAAGCCCACUGGGUAUUGAAAGGCUGCAAGAGUAAAUUGUCAGAAAGUUAAUUUUUGCGUUUUACAAACUUGUUUUAUGCACUUUUGCAAACAAAAAUAAUCUGUGCCCAAAACAAAAGUCAUACAUUUUGUGCGCAAAAAAUAGAAAGGUUAACAUUUUACUAUUAGUAGUAGAAAAGUCAUAGAUUAGUUUUAUUAGGAGGCAACAUAACCCCCACUGUUGAUAAUGCAGUAUUGUCUUCUCAGGAACUUUUUGUAGACGCACACUGACGGGGAAGCGGGUUGCCGGUUCAGUCUGUGACACUCCCGCCGCGUUUGUGUCGAAGACGUUGACCCGGAAGCAGCUAGCUGUGGAGCGCAGCCAACCAGCGGCUGUCAUCCGCCUUCCUCCUGCCGUCUUCUCGGCUGUCUCCGGACAACAGCGGCUCCUUCAGCCCACGCUCUCCGCGGCUCCGUCCCCUGCUGCCGGGACUCCGCAGGCACGUCCACACGGCGGGCUCCAGCAGCGGAACUGAUCCACGCUCUCCCCGGGGAUUUGGAGACGCACUCUCGUGGUUCGUUCAGAGAAGCCGACCGGAGAGGUUUGAAAAGCCAGUGUCAUGACUGGAGCUGAGACCGAGGAUGACAUCCCAUUAGCCGAAAGAAAGACCGUCACCGAUUUCUGCUAUCUGCUGGACAAAUCCAAACAACUCUUCAAUGGGCUGAGGGAUCUUCCACAGUAUGGACACAAGCAGUGGCAGUCCUACUUCGGGAGGACCUUUGACGUCUACACAAAGCUGUGGAAGUUCCAGCAGCAACACAGGCAGGUCCUGGAUAACAGGUACGGCUUGAAAAGAUGGCAGAUCGGAGAAGUUGCAUCGAAAAUUGGACAGCUUUACUACCAUUAUUACCUCCGCACCUCAGAGACCAGUUAUCUGAACGAGGCUUUUUCCUUCUACUCGGCCAUCCGUCAGCGCUCCUACUACUUCCAGGUCAACAAGGAGGACAGGCCUGAGCUGGUGGUGAAGAAACUUCGAUAUUAUGCGCGCUACAUUGUUGUGUGCUUACUGCUUAACAAGAUGGAAUUGGUCAAAGUGUUGGUGAAGGAGUUGUCUGAAGAAAUCGAGGAUUACACGCAGCGGUUCAACACAGAGGACCAGCUGGAGUGGAACCUGGUGCUACAGGAGGUGGCAGCUUUCAUAGAGGCAGAUCCCACUGUGGUUCUGAACGACAACAACUCCAUGGUCGUCAUCAGCCACCGACUGCAGGAUGAAAGCGCUCCCCCACUGGAGCAAGGCAUGGUUGUUGGGCAGCUCGUCCUUGCAGACGCACUGAUCAUCGGGAACUGUAACAACCAGGUCAAGUUCAGUGAACUGACCAUCGAUAUGUUCCGCAUGCUUCAAGCCCUGGAGAGGGAACCAGUCAACUUGGCCACACAGACCUCUAAACAGGGAACACUGGAACCUAAUGAAAAACCAGCUAAAAGAGAAAAUCCACACAAAUAUCUGCUUUAUAAACCAACUUUCAGCCAGCUGUUUACUUUCCUGUCUGCCUCUUUUAAGGAGCUGCCUGCCAACAGUGUUCUGCUCAUCUACCUAUCUGCCACUGGAGUUUUUCCUACAGGUCAUUCAGAUUAUGAAGUGGGGGGUUAUGACUUUGGAGGGGUUCUCACAAACACCAACAGAGACAUAGUGAACGGUGAGACGGUGCAGAAGAGGAUUCAGGCUCAGAAAGAAAUGCACUGCCUUCAUCCAGGAGAUUUAUUCCCUUUCACUCGGAAGCCCCUUUUUAUCAUCGUGGACUCUUCCAACAGUGCAGCCUAUAAGAAUUUCACCAAUCUGUUUGGCCAGCCUCUGGUGUGCCUGCUGUCUCCUACCAUGUACCCUAAGACUGUACAAGAUCAGUCCCAGCGCGGGAGUCUCUUCACGCUGUUCCUCUACAGCCCACUCCUGGCUUUCUCCUCUGUGUGCGGCCUCAGCAGCAUCCAACGGGGGAUUUGGGAGAGGGCUCAAGAUUUUUUACGCAAAGUCUUCCGUGACAUUGGGCAGAUGAUAACUCGCUCGCGGACCAUAGAUCAAGCCUUUUUGCAGUUUUUCGGUGACGAGUUCCUGCGGUUACUCCUGAUCCGUUUUGUAUUUUGUUCAGCUGUGCUAAGACUUCAUAAGCUUUUUCGGGAGGCCCGGAGUUUCCCUGAGUCUUACCCGGAGCUGCCCAAGCAGGACACGGUGGAAAGCAGCCUGCUGCAGAAGCAAAUUUUAGAGCUGGCAGCCAUGCUGGACGUGCAAAGCUCAUUCUGGGAGGAUUCUUUGGAAGCCUACUGACCUCUUCUCAAAGGGCAGGAGGCACGUGUGUGCACACAGACUCAACUGCCAGAGCCCUCCAGCUGAACUCAAUCCCGCUAUUUCUCUUCCCUUUUGCAAAGGUAACCUAAAAACCUGUUCAACCCCCAAAUCUCAUCUAGUGAAUUUUGAAAGCUACCAUAUCACAUACACAUAGAAUGAGAGUUUAUUGUAAAGAGAAAAAAACAUUUUGACCACCAAAAAGUCAGCUCAUAAAGAAAAAUCAAAAGCUGCACACAAAUUAAUUUUCUAAUUAGUUUAAAAACUGCAGCUUUAAAUCAAAUACAUUUAAUUUGGUCAUUGUAAAGAAGUUGGUAUCAAUGUUUAUGAUGUUUAAUUUAUAUUUGUUUAUAGUGUCGAGCUUGUAAAAUAUAUUAGAUCCAUAAGGUCACGAGCAGCCUGUAAGUCCUCUGUUCUCCAAGAAUGGAGGAGAGCAGAGGAGCAUCAAAACAAGCCAGUCAGUUUCUAUGCCUAUGGUUUAUUAUCUUAUUUAACAGUGAUGAGCACUUACACUCAGAUCAUGCUGGAUCAUUUCACCAGAUCUAUGAUAAUUAUUAUUUCAAAAGAAAAUCAGCAGUAGAAUGCGUUAAAAUUCAUGCAGUGACAGAAGCUGAGUGGCAAACAAACAGGGCAGCAGCAGCAGAAAGGACUUCAUCCAAGAAAUUACCCACAAUUACUCAGUUCUCGUUGUGCUUACUCUGCCCUUUUAUAUUUCUAAUGCACUGUAUAUCUAAAACUGUAUGUAGAUUUUUGUGCACUCACUCACUGGCCUCUGUAAGAACACCUGAGCAAUCGAAUGCUAUACCAUUUCCACACCCUGAUUUCUUUGCUCCUAAAAGAGAAGUGAUCAGUCGUUUCUUGAUUUGUGGUUUUGAAGGGUUGGGGCCUCUUGUUGCUUUGGAAAAGGUUAGAUUCUUUUAGUUUUGGGUCAAACGUUUCUAGAGGGACCACAGAGGAGGAUUUCAGGGAAGGCUCAGAUUGAGGAAACUGAUCUUUUAGGUGAACAGCAGGUGAAACGUGACGGACAUCCGCUUUCCUACAGUCCAGGAGUGACGAAGCAGUUCACACCUUUAGGAGAAGUUCAGAAAGUAAGCACACAAGCCCAGGAGGGCAUCCAAGUCAAAGAAACACAUGAAGUACUUUAGUGAAACUUUUGAGUCUAAGCACAUCUUAUUCCCACUGCCUUCCAAAUAACAGCUAGAGCAUAUUGCUUAUAGAGCACUUUCACUGAGCAAUCAUUUUGAUCAAAUUUUAGAAAAUAUUUUGAACCCAUUUUAUCCGUCAGAGCUCCAUGAAUGCUGCCCGAGACAUCAUGAAGAAAGAAAGCAUCUGUUUGUGGAUUCUAGUAUUUGUAUGCAGUUACAUUACCUCUGUAUCAUAAUUAGGCCCCCACAUACUUCUGUAAAAGCAUGCAUCACAUAAUUUUAUCAAGAUGGUUCCAAUUCUCUAGAUUUGUCAUUAGCUUCUGUCAUCAGUCAAGUCUUCGCAAUCCUCAACAAACAUAUUGCUCUUUUCACCUAUUCCUUUAAAAAGUGAUUUUCUUUUUUUAGUCCUCCUCAUUUUCUGUAGGAUUAAAUAAUUUGUUCUAUUCAUCAAAACAUUCCUUAUAGUGAACGUUCAAGUUCUUUUUGGGACCACAGUUCUCUGUUUAAUGUGAAGAUUUUAUCUCAGUCCUUCCAGGUUUCAGGCAUGUAAAGGACCAUUUAAAUGCACAUUAGACACUGUAAUGGUGCACUUGUUAUUUUAAUUCAUUAUAAUAUAUAUGCAUAUAUAAAAUAUCUAAUUGAGCCAUCUCAUAAAACAAUUAAUUCUGCACACUUAGUGAAAAAACUUCAGCUUUUGCAGAAUUUGACCUGAAGACCCACAAGUCGGACUUGUGAUCAAUAGUUUUUCAUCCUGUAAUUCCUGUAGUUUUUUUAUUGAUCCUUUUUGAAAUUUCCCUAAAAUAUUUACCUUAGGUAUUUCAUAAACUUUGUGUACAGAUGCAUCAUGACAGAAAAAAAUCAGCUGACCCUUUCAUACAUACAUUUGCAAUAAUGAUGUUUACCAGCUUCAUAGACACAUAUCAACACAGCAGAAUAAAAUUGAGGCAUGCCAGGAAACUUGUUAUAGUUACUUCACAUAAAAAUGGAUAUAAAAAGAGAAGAGUCCAGCUUUGCUGAGAGUUAUUGUAUCAUGUUCUAAAAAUGACAAGACUAGAAUACACUUUAGAACAUGUUGAGCAUAGGUCCAGAUGGAUCUAUAAUGCAUUACAAAUCAUUGAUCACAGAAAUGAAGGCCUUCUUGUCUGUUUAUUAAGCCAGAUCAACACAUUUCGAUAUAGUGGCUCUUUUUUUGUGGGUUUUUAAAAAGCUGAAUUUCUGUUUUUUCAUUGCAUUCUAACUAGAUUUCUGGCCCUGUAUAAUAUCUUGGUUACGCCACCAACAGAACCUCCAACUCAUGGCUGCUUAUCAGUCUCUCUAUACCGGUAUAUUAUUUUUGCAUCUGGUUUCUGGUUUCUGCAUCUCAGUUGUCUUGUUUUUCUCAGAUCCUCCUGCAUCUUUCUGGCUUUCUUCAUGAUCAGCAGCAUCAUAAUGACAAACCUGUAAAAAUCUGUUGAGGUUACACCAUUUUUUUCACAUUCUGCACAGAUUGAACAAAUGAAAUCACUGAUCGUUGUAAUGGCAUCUCACUAUACUUCUGACAUGAGACGGGUUGGACCACUUUUGAACGUCCAGUGCGUGUUGUGCCCUGGCAGACCUCACAGUGGUUCGCUGUUAAAAAAUAAUGAAAAGUAUCUGCAGUGUCACGGAUUAAAGUUGAGUCUCAAAAGUUACGAGGUUCUGAUCAGUUCACUUUGAGUUUUCGUCAUUUUUCAAACCGUUUCUAGGGUGUUCAUCACAGAUGCAGACACAGAUUAAACAAAUCAAAUUGUUCUUUUGGUGGAAGAACUGUUCUUCUUGGCUACAGUUUUUGGUGCUGAAGCAUCUGUGGUGAUGAAGGAAUGCAUGGCUCGAAUGAGCAGUGUAGCUCUCUGAAGGAAUGCAGUCGGUCGGAUCAUAAUAGGAAUACUUUAAUUUAUUUUUUUACUUUAAUAGAAAGUCUCACCACCUCCUUAUUUAUCAAGCGCCAAAUUUUAGAGCCAAUAUAUUAAAAAACCUCAUAAUCACAUGUGUUUAUGUGAUGGAUUUUUAGCGGAGUCACAGCAGAGAGGAGCUUGCGCUCAUAGAGGAGGUCACAAAGGUCAAACUGACUGCAGGCAGACCAUCUGAUCACUGUGUUGAUCCUUAUGCUGAAGCCCACCAACAAUACUCUUAUCAUAUGUUAAUAACAAGCUGAAAUAUUGCAGCAACGCAUGCACAGGUACGACCUAAGAGCAUUUUUAGUGUUUAUAUUUGUUGACAUGUUUUGUGUGUACAUAUGAUGUAAAGUAAUGUUUUGACACUAUGUGUUUGUUCAUUUUUUUAGUCAGUAAUGUGUAUUGAAAAUAUGACAAAGGGGGAAAAAAGGGAAAAUGUCUAUGAAGUCAAUUUAGUUUCCAGAUUGUUUUUUUUUCUCUACAUUCCUUCAGUCUGAGGACUUAAAGUGAGCCGGAGGAACGUUCCACUGUGUUCUCCAGAGAGCAGCUCUUUAUACAUUCUCCUCUGUUCUCACAUCCCUUGUGUGAAACCAUUAGAGACUGUAGACUUGUUUUUACGCUACUUUUCUAAGAAAAAAAGGUUUUUCCAGGGUGCAGUUCAUUUGAAUGGUAAACUUUGUCACACAAUGACUGAUUUUCAGUUUACAAGCUGGCCUGUUUUCACUCUCCAUCAGUCCCUGACUAAAAUAUGAUGGCAGAUUUCUUCUGAGAGUCAUGAAGCAGUGAAUUCAGCCUACAUACAGUCAUGGACAAAGGGUACAGAGUCCUAUCUGAAUUCUGUUUCGUUUUAAGUGAAAGUGUGCAAAAACCUAUUUCAAAUCUUAUGAUCGAACUGAGGCAAAUACAAGAUCAAUAGGAUGUAACUUAUUGAACUAUUGUUUAUGUUAACCUAAUUAAACCAGAAAGAGAUAAAAAUGCAGUUUCCAUUCUUCAUCUUUAUCCUCAGGACAGUUUAAAGCACAAACCACAAAACUUCCGACAACAUGUCCUGAAGGCUCAAGUUCAAGAAGGAGAUGCACAGUUGCCAUGCACCGCUUCAUGUUGGUGAAAACCAAAAAAAACAUACAAAUACCUCAUUACAACUGUGAAGCAUGGCAGCGAAGGGCUGAUGAUGUGGGUUUGUUUCACAGCUCUGUGUCUGUAAAACAAGCCCACACUUCUUGGAAAAGAGCAAUAGUUCAAUCCCACCAGAAAACACGGAACUGGGUGUUUCAAAAUGUUUUUGACCUUUGUUUGCAGUAAACAAAAGUAAAAAUGCUAUCAUCCUUUGAAGGUUCUAUUUGCCUGACUGAGAUCCAUGCAAAGGAUAUUAGUUUUUAUGUUUAUCACACCCCAAACGAAUUGAAUGACAAAAUGGAUACAAACCUUUGUCCAUGACCGUGCGUCUUUCAGACAUUUAUGAUUACUAAUCUGUUUUUUAUUGGUGGUUUUUUUAUGCCAGUGAAAGUCCAUAAACCUCCACAGAAAAGGGACCAGUACAGAAUAUUGCAAUUCAAAAAAAUCACUGACCAAUCACAAAGAUCGGAUCACUUGUAUAAAUAAAUGGUUUGGAAAAUAGUGUAAUUUAAAGAUAAUGCAGAUAUUUCUAAAAUAUAUAAAACUUGAUGUGGUUGGAAGGCAAAUUGCAAUUAGACACUCACAGAAAUAGAACUAAACUCACUCAGCAACAUUUUGUAAAUCGAAUCGGCUAGUUUUCAAUCAUUAUUAGGAGGGCCCCAGCAUCAGAAAAGUACAGAUCAUGCCUAUGGAGAACAAAUAAAAGAGUACUCUUCAACCAAGCAACCCUUUCCUCCCAAGAUAUGCACAGGUCCUUUCUACCUUUUACUAUGUUGAACGUGUUAAGAAGGUUUUAAAAAAAUAUGUGACUUGCUUGUUGCCAUUGUCAAAUGUAUUUUAAUAUUUCUGUUUAAAAAAAAGAGCAGAUGGUUAUCUGUAAGCAGCAUGUUUGCUUAGAAUAGAAAGUGCCAAAGACUGGUGUGCCCUCACUUUCCCAUUUUCAUGGUUGAAACAGUUCAUGUCUCAGAUGUUUGGUUUUUCUGUGUAUUGCCAGAUGGAGUAAAUAAAAAAAGAAGAUCUGGCUUCAUAAA